AAGGUAAUUAAUCUCUACACUUCUCUCUCUGCAGUUACUCCUUGAGAGUAUAUCUCUAGAAUAUCGAGUAUUGCUAACUUGAGCGUUGGAGUGUUUUUCUCGAGGAAACAUCCUCGGGAUUUUCAGGUGCAUAAGCAGCUGAGGACUUCAACAGUGUUGGACUACGAAGCUGCCCAAACAUUUGGCGCCAUCUGUGGGAAACCGAACAAGAAGCUGUGUAGUUUAACCGGCAGAAAGACAAAAUGGUCCGUACCUUUACUGGAAUUCGCCCUCCAAGAGAUGAAAUGGACGAACAGGAGGAUGCUCAACUAUCUGAGCCUGGCUUGAAUGACUUUAGGCCAAUGCCAAGAAACCUUUUCGUCGGGGGAGUAGAACAAGAUCACCUAAGUGAAACGGAUGAUGAAAGAACACCAACUGGGUCAACAGAGCCUGCUCGAACGACCGAGCUCGAAGAUAGAACCAGAGUUCUCGAAAUGGCAAUGGGUAAAAUCCUUGCCCGUCUGAUUCCUGAUGACCCCCUGAUUCCUUUGUUGAACAAGGAUACACAACCAGUUGCGGUUGUUGCAACUCGAAACUCUCCCGUUCUAAGCAACAUAGUAGUGCCGACUAGGCCAAGGAGAAGUGGGAAGCUAAAUAAUGAGCCCAACUCGUCCAAACAUAGUGAAGAACUGUUGAGGAAAAAUGCAGACCUUGAAAGGCAGCUAAGGGACGUACAAAAAUCUAUUGACAAGCUGAAAAGUCCCAGGUCGCACCAACAGACUCUUGAUUUGGAUAGUGCUCCUUUAAACCUAUCCAUCACAGUAGAGCCAUAUCAAGAGGGAUUCAAAAUUCCUCACCUGGAGACGUAUGAUGGCUCGAGCGACUCAGAUGAGCAUCUGCACACUUAUCAAGCCAUCAUGAGAAUCCAAAAUGCCAAUGAUGCCAUGAUGUGCAAAGUGUUCCCAGCGACACUGAAGUCAACAGCCAGGAGAUGGUAUCACAAACUCCCCAGACAUUCUAUAGACUCAUACUCCCAGCUCGCUAAGCUGUUUUCCAACAAAUUCGCAAGCCAAAGGGAGAUCAAACGCACUACGACCGAGCUGAUGCAAGUUCAUCAGAAAGAAGGGGAAUCUUUGAGGGACUACAUGCAGCGAUUUAACAAAGCCACUUUAGACAUCGACAACGUCCCUGAUACCAUCUGCUUGUCGGCCUUGCUGCAUGGUUUGAAGUGUGGUCGGUUCCUAGACGACCUGCUAGAAAACCCACCGAAGACGUGGAACGAAGUGAAUGACAGGUCGGCUAGUUUCAUACUGUUUGAAGACUUCCAAUCGUCCAAGCGACGAGCUGACGAUAAGCAGACCAAAGGCCAGGAGCAGCCAUCGAGGAGAGAAGAAAAGAAAAAGAAAAACGUCAACGAGCAGUGGGGGAAGCCCGUUGACUUCCCAAAGUAUGCCAACUACAUUCCUUUGACCUUGCCUAGGUCUCAAAUCUUGGCACAAAUCCAACACUGGGUUAGGAGACCCCUACCUCCAUUGCAUGAUUCACUAAGGGCCGACAAGAGCAAGCAUUGUGACUACCAUCGUGUAUACGGUCACAAUACAGAGGAUUGUCAACACUUAAAGGACGAGUUGGAGUUUUUGGCUCGCAAUGGGAAGCUAGAAGGAUAUGUUCAGAAGCUCCACACCCAACAACCUACUCAAGCUCAUUUUGUACAGGGGUAUGACAGACCUCAGGGGGAGAGGCCCUUGAAGCGCCCGUUUGAAGAAGCAAAAUGGGAGAGUACACCUAUCACAUUCAGCCCAGCAGAUUACAGGCGAGUAGAAGGAGAGCCCAACGUUAUGAUGCCACAUGCAGAUCCUUUUGUGGCAACGGUUCAUAUAGGCAACCAUAACGUCAACAAGGUUUUUAUUGAUACUGGUAGCUCGCCGGAUAUCCUGUACUGGAGUUGCUUUCAGAAAAUGCAGCUGAAUCCGAGCUCAUUGCAGAAACACGAAGGGCCUAUAUAUGGGUUUGAUAAUCAGCCCGUCCCGGUUGAAGGAGUCAUUACCCUUCCCAUUUAUGUGGGUUUGGAACCACGAUUCAGGAUGGCUUCCGUUACCUUCCUAGUCGUCAAAAUGGAGUCAGCUUUCAACGCUAUAUUGGGAAGAGCCACUCUUUGCGAGCCGAAGGCUGUCAUCUCGCAACCUCAUCUUUGCAUGAAAUUCCCAACUCCUCAGGGAGUAGGAGUGCUUAAAGGGAAUCAGAAGAUGGCCAGAGCCUACUACCAAGAUACCUUCAAAAAGGUUGAGCUUGCUGCUACCCCUGCAGGUUCUGAGAAUCAUAAGUCAACCCAGCCCGGUCAGCAGACAAUGAGCAUAUCGGACAUUGAGCAUCGACCUGAGGGUGUCGAGCAGAAAGCAGAGCCGGUAGAGCCAGUACAAAUAGUUCCUUUAAACCCCGAUGUGCUGGAAAUGACAGUCAAGAUAAACACCAAGCUCACAGAAGAAGAGCGAGCAGAGCUUCUGGAUUUUUUAAGGGUUAAUCAGGAUGUGUUUGCGUGGACUAUGGAUGAAAUGCCUAGCAUCCCAGCGGAGUUGACAAUUCACAAGCUCAGCACGGACCCCACCAAAAAGCCGGUGGUUCAGAAACGUCGCCUUUUUGGCCCUCAGAAGCAGGCUGCCAUAGACGAAGAGAUAUAAAAGCUGCUACAGGCAAGCUUCAUCAGAAGAGUGGAGUACUCUGAGUGGGUAUCUAACCCCGUGCUUGUAAAAAAGCCAAAUGGCAAGU